CGCGUUCCAAACGGUCUUUUCUCUUCCUCUUUUGAAAGCAGCACCAGUUCGCCUCGUCCGGUGGCAUGGCUCAAGAGAACAUCCAUUUUGCAGGCGCUGCUCUUUGAGCUCUGGCGGCUCCGCUCCGCCAAGGGCGAGUUCAGUUUUCUGCGUGCCGAAACGACGCGCCUGCAGGACACUCCCAAAGUGGAAGGAUCCCAUGGCUGCGCGGGCAGCAAUUCAUCUCCGUGGCAACUAUGAAGUGGGCGACAUGCUCGGUGAAGGCUUCGGUGGCUUUGUCUAUGCUUGCCAUCGAUAUGGUGACCAGAAGGCCUUGGCCGCCAAGGUCUGCGCGGCGCGGCCCGGCGCCGCUGAAGAGCUGCGAAGUGAAGCGCAGCUGUUGCGCAGCCUCUGCCAUAGCUCGAUUAUGAAGGUCCACGACGUUUUUGAUGACGGGAAGUCCGUCUACUUUGUCAUGGACCGCAUGCAUCACGACCUCUUAGAUGGAUUGGAGAACUAUGUGAUGAGGGAAGCUUCUAACCUCAAUGGCCUUCGGCACGUGGUGCGACAGAUGGCCGCUGCAGUGAAGUAUCUCCAUAGUCACUCCAUCGUUCAUCGUGAUAUCAAGCCCGAGAAUUUCAUGACAGACCGGGCAAGUCUGACAGACCCUGAGUGCCGCUUGGUGCUGGGUGACUUUGGUUCGGCUUGUCAAAUCACGGAGCAGACGACACGUUUGGCUGAGCAGGUGGGGACCAUGGUCUACUGGGCUCCCGAGAUGUAUGACAAGGACUACGGCUUGAAGGUGGAUGUCUGGGCGUUGGGAGUCUGCCUACACUGUGUAGCGAGUAACGCCUUCCCCUUCGUGGAUGAGCAGGAGGUUCGUACCAAAAGUAUCGGCUUGUCCAACAUCAACCGAGCCUGUCGAGGUCUCAUCUCGUCGAUGCUCGAGAAGGUGGAGGAGAUUCGCAUCAACAUGGAGGAUGUCGUGUGGCAUCCCUGGUUGACCCAAGAAACUGCGACUGAAGAGCCAGACUUCGAGGCUUUGCCCCCGCCCUCGGUUUGGGCGUUGCUCCCUGAUGUCAGUGAGUGGCGGCUUCCCUCCUUCCCACGGAAGGGGCGGAAGGCUCGGCGGCUUUGGCCCCUCGCCAUGGCCUCGCUGAUGACAGGGAUAGGCUUGGCCAGGAUGGCCUUGCGGUUUUGCCCAGGAUGGGAUAGUACAGCACCUUGGAAGCCAACGAGUCUUCCAACCGUCUGCUUGAAGCCCCUUCGUACAGGGAAAGGUGUCGGCAUCGUGUCCCGCGCGCUGGCGCGCGGUGGCGCUCGCACGCGUAAGGGGACGGUGUUUGUUCGAUGAUCCUCUGAGGGAAUGGCCUCAGAGAUGUUUCGGACCGAUGGAUAGAGAGCCACGCCUUUCCGUGAAAUGGGCUCUUGUUUGGUAGCGAC